UAGCAGUUUUAAGCGUCUCUCCAAUAUCAAUGGUAAAAUCCAAAGCCAUGGCUGGAACAAGGUGGCCAGUGGAGAAUAGUUUAAGGCUGAUUAUUUUAUCUGUCAUGUUACUAAUUGCCCCAAUUAGAGCAGACCCAGAGACCAGACUUUUAGCCUUCGGAUGCAGCAAUGUCGCCAACACCAACGUUACAAUCUUUGCGAAAAACUUGAAGGCGGCUCUGGCAGCCGUGGUGGAAAAUGUUGUUCCAUCUGGAUUUGUUACAAAAAAUGAGGCGGGAGCAUCAGAUCUGGUAGAUUCAGUAUAUGCACUGGCGCAGUGUAGAAAGGAUAAGUCCUCUACUGAUUGCGCUAACUGCAUCAAGGUAGCAAGAAAAAAAAUUGGCAACUGUACAAAAGUUACCGGCGGCAAGGCAAGCUACGACAGAUGUUUUCUGCGUUAUGAGAACUAUAAUUUUUACAACACCAGCUACACCGAUCCCGGAAAUAUGGAGGUGUGCGGUACUGCCAACGCGUCCAACUCCAAUUCUUUUUCGGCGACUGCUCAAAGUUUGAUAAACGAUCUUUGCACUGCAACUCCAAGAACAAAUGGUUAUUUUGCUGCACAGACUAGACAAGGGCCGUCUAAUACCACAGUCUAUGGACUUGCCUCGUGUAUACGUUCCCUUCAAAGGGAUUCCUGCGAAAAGUGCCUCGCUAUUGCCCAGGACAACAUAAACAAGUGUUUUUCUCGCUCCGAGGGACGGGCUGUAGACGCCGGCUGCUACUUGCGAUAUGAUUCCAAACCCUUUUUUCCAAGCAACGCGAUUAUCGACUUGGCAGAUUUCUUACCCAGAGGGAAGAAGGCGAGUUCUACAGUCUGGAUAAUAAUUGGUGUUGUGGGAGGGGUAUUUCUAGUUGGCCUUAUAACUUGUCUCCUUCUCUUCCGGAAGCAGAUAAUAAAGCCCAAGCCAGAAAGAAGGUAA